AUGUCUGGAUUUAACCUAAGUGAUCUUCUAUACACAGAUUGGCAAGAAACCGUGACAGCGAUUGUAAUGCCGAUCUUGUUGGUAUUCGGUUUAAUCACGAAUUUCUCUUUCAUACUCAUGGUAUAUCGAGUACCAGAUAUGCGAAUUACCAUCAAUAUGUAUCUCGUGAGUCUCGCGGUGGCGGAUGCUUCAUAUUUGAUCACGAGCAUCAGCGAUAGGCUAGUUACUUAUGCCAUCUCUCCAUUGUAUGGGGACGUUGGAAAUCGUGGUACUGCGGGUUGCAUACUAACAAAAUACUUCACCUAUACGUUUUUUAUGGCGUCAGAACUGCACAUACUGGUAUUAGCUGUUGAGCGAUAUUACUGUGUCUGUAGACCACUGAAAGCUCAAGUCUAUCCACGGAAGAGAGCUAUUCGUUUUCUGACAGCCAUCUGGUUGGUUUCUUCGAUACUUUCAAUUAGCUUGUCACCUGCAUUCGCCAAUUUCAGGCUUUACUGCCUAGUUCAUUGGGACAGUAAGUAUGUAGAUCCUCCGGAGACAUAUGGAGUUUGUCGCUCUAUUGGAUACACAGAGGGGACAACCGAUAUUGAUAGUUUGAAUAUUUACUUUCAUAUUAUGCAAACAUGUGCAUUUUUUGCAUCAGUAAUAGUUAGUAACGUUUUAUACGUACUGGUUUUACGGCACUUCCGUGGGAUUAGCACGUCUUUACAAAAUCGUGGGAUGGCGCAGACGACACUAUUCCGAAAUAGACAAAUAAGAAAAUACUUCAAUCGAAUGCUUUGCUUAAAUGGUUUGGUUUACCUCGUCCUCCUGGCACCAUUCAACAUUUAUUCUUUACUUCGCUUUGUGUAUAAACUCAAUGGCAAUGAAAUACCUGUGGCGCCACAAGUAAAUGUCAAAUUAUACACUUCAUUUCGUCUUCUACUAUAUGUUAAUUCUGGCAUCAAUCCAUUGGUCUACGGUGCUACCAACCCAAGGUAUAGAAAAGCCUUCGUAGUUGGGUACUCGACUUGGAGAUUGACAAAAUGCGGAACUAAAAAGGCUGGCCAAAGUAGGCAAAGACCAUCAACGAGUGGCAAAAUAAACAAUCUCACCAUAGAGGAUGUCACCACUUAUAACACUGAAAGAAAAUGA